AUGGCGGUGUGCACGUGGAGCUACACGGCCUGGACGCCGUACGAGGUGCUACGCGUACCCAGCAAUGCCUCCGUCAGCGACAUACGGGCCGCUUUCAAGAAGAUGGCUCUGCGCACCCACCCCGAUAAACAGCGAGGCUGCUGUCAGGGAAGCCACGAGGGCAGUAGGAGUAAUAAUGAGGCCGCUUCAGCAACGUCGUCCCCGUCCUCCGCCGCGGUGGCGCCUGUUUCGUUUCACGCGGUGAAGGAGGCGUCGGAGAUUUUGUUAGAUCCUUUUCUGCGGGCCGCCUACGAUGCGGUGCGCUCGCAUGUGCUGGUGCGCGAGGUCGGCGCCAUCAGUGACACGCUGUCCCUCGUCGAUGACUUUGAUCUGGUGGACGGGUCGGAUGAGACGUGCGACGCAGCUGCGCAGGUGCACGUGUACCAGUGUGAGUGCCGCUGCGGUGGUGUGUAUGAGGCGGUGCUUUUUGCCGAUGCGGCGCCGCGUCACGGUCGCCCGCUGCGGUGUGAGUGCGACUCUUGCUCUCUUGUUGUGGAGGUGGUGGUGGAAUAG